AUGAAAGUCACCUACACCUCCUGCACCGCCGUCGCCGAGUGGCGAUGGGAUCUGCCCGAAGACGCGGACGACACGUGUGGCAUCUGUCGAGUGCAGUUUGAAGGGACUUGCGCCAAAUGUAAAUACCCAGGGGAGGACUGUCCAAUAGUCAUCGGAGUGUGCACCCACUGCUUCCACAUGCACUGCAUCAGCGACUGGAUCUCGUCGGAGGCCAGUCGAGGCAAAUGCCCCAUGUGUCGCCAGGUCUUCAAGGAGAAGGUCGCCGACGCCGCAACGCCACCUCCUCCGCCCAUGAGACGCUCGCCGGCAGCUCAAGGCCAGACGCCUGCAUACCAGACUACUGGACCGACCUGA